GUUCAAGAUGACGGCGCCCAGAGGUUCCACGAGCGAUUUGGAGAGCAGCAGCAGCAGUGAUGCAGAGGAGCUGGCGCGGUGCCGUGAGGUGGCGAUGCCGGCAUGGGGCUUGGAGCAGCGCCCGACGGGGCUGGAGAAGCCAAGAACUGAUGCUGUAGCCAAUCAGUUACCAACCACCCAGCGGAGCCUCAGGCAGAAGGUAGAUGAGCACGAACAAGAUGGUAACGAGCUUCAGACCACCCCCGAAUUCCGAGCCCAUGUAGCCAAGAAGCUGGGAGCCCUACUGGACAGCUCCAUUACUAUCUCAGAAGUCACAAAGGAGCCAACAAAGGCUGAGAUACAGAAGAGAGUCACUCCAGAGGAUGAUGGCUUCCGCCUUUUCUUCACAUCCAUCCCUGAAGGCUCUGAGGAGAAAGCUGCUCCCCAUCCCCGCCAAAAACGAUUGCCUUCCAGCUCCAGCAGCGAGGACAGCAACGAGGAGUGGCAGCGGUGCCAGGAGGCAGCUGUGUCAGCCUCUGACGUCCUCCAGGAGUCCGCCAUCCAUGGCCCUGUCAAGGUGGAGAAAGAGGCAAAGAAGAAGAAAAGGAAGUUGAAAAAGAAAGGCAAGAAGGAGGCCAGUGCAGACUUGGCCGCAGCCACCACCACAAGCAAGGCCACAGUCAGGAAGCAGGAAAAGGAGUCAGCUAAGCUCAACGGAGACCAGACAUCACUUGGGACCAAAAAGAAGAAAAGGAAGAAAAAGGCAGAGAAGGCCGGUGAGGCUUCCCCGUUACCACCAGCCAAGAGUGCAGCGGCCGUGCCUGCAAACUGACCCCAGGCAACGGGCACAGCUAGCCCCAGUACCAAGGCGCCCUCUGGGACGAGGCAUUUCUAAGACCUGCCUCCCUCUCCAGGGAUUUGGCUGGCAAGUCCAGGCUGUGCCCAGGGGUCCGAUUGGGGCUUGCCCAAGGGUCGGGGCAAAGCUGUAGUUAUAGGGUGAGAAGCCUAAGCAAGGCCUGCCCUUUUGUGCUCCCCCUGGAGAAUGGGACAGACGUGGUACCAGAACAUUCCGUGGCCUCAGGAAGAAGGAGUCUUCCAGCCAUUCAGUGCUAAUGGCCGAGUGGCGAAGCUUUCCUUUCCCCAGUACCAUCUGAGGAGAGCGAAUGAGGGAGACAUUUUCCUUCCCCUCCAUCUCCUUAGCCUGUUGUGGGAGACAAUCUUAAGAAAAUGAGGAAGGGGUCCUUGAGGUGCCAAGGCCCAAAGAG